GCAGGAGAAUUACUGAGUCCGAUGAAGAGAGCGUAGAACUGAUUGAACAUCCUGCUGCAUGCACCAUGGCUUAUCCUUAGACACCAGGGCGAUGGGGCCGGGAUGUAAAUACCACAGACAGACAGCUACGCAGUCAUGCAAAGGGAGAGGCCUGAGCUAAUCCCCACCCACUCUGGUCCCGCCGAGGGGAGCGAUUUGCGAGACAGGGAGGGAUUACGGCUGACCGUAAAGCGCCGGGGAGCGGACCCACGUGGGGGCGGGAGGAACCGCAGCGCCAUGGGGAAGAGGAAGCCCCCCAGGCACCCGCUGGUCGGCAGCUUGAGCAAGAAGCAGAAAAAGCAUCUCAAGGAGUUUGGGGAGGCGCAUCCGUUCUACGACAAGGUUUCUGGAAGAGAAGAAACAACUGAAAUUUGUGAGCUGUCUGAGAAUUCCGAUCACUCAAGUGCAGAAAGUGAUGGCGAGAGUGAACCAGAACAGGUCUCCGUGUAUCACAAGCUCCUAGCCACGUUCAAGACUGUUCCAGAUGCUAAUAAUGAAGAAGAUGACGAAAAUGAGUCUGAAGAAAGUGAUGAGGAAGAAAGUGAUGAAGAGUCUCAGGAGGGUGAAGAUGGAGAUCAUACAGCUGGUGAAGAAGAUGAGAAUGAUGUGCAGGACCAGAAAGAAGCUAAAGACACAGCAAAGCAGAUGCUUGGCCAGGAGCAAGCCGAUGGAGCAGAUACCUCCAGUGACCCAAAACAUGGAGCAAUUGAAGAGUUCACUGAUGUGAAACAUGAAUCUGAAUUUAGCCUGGAAACCAAUUUCAUGGUCGAGGAGAGUGGUGAUUACAAUGCAGAUGAGAGGGAGAGUAGCUCUUCUGUCAUGGUUUCAGAAGAUCCAUUUAAGCAACAUAUGAACAAAGAACUGGAAGAAAAAGAAAUAGGAAACAAUUCAGCACGUUCUAAAAGUACAAUUCAGCUGAAGUGGCCAACGCUGGGCCAGUUAGUUUUUUCUUCUUCGUUACAGCAGCCAAGAACUUUUAAGCCAGAUAAAGAAGCUGAUUUGAAACGGCUUCAUCUUCAUAAGACUUUAGAAUCCACCUGGCCAAAAGUGAACAGCCAGUUCUUAUCCACACUGACUAAACAGAACAAUCACCCGUUUACCCUGUUACAAAAGGAACUCUUUUGUAUUAUGAAUCAGUACAAGGACUUGUUCUACCCAGAAAGAACUGCUUUAGGGAAUGGGGAAGAAGUUCGUCAUGCUUACUGUCUGCAUGCAGUGAAUCACAUCCUGAAGGCAAAUGCCCAGGUCCUCAGCAAUAAUACCAAACGAAGGGAUCAGAAGCCAGCCAUUGAUGAUGAUGAUUUCAGGGACCAAGGACUCACCAGACCUAAGGUGCUGAUAGUAGUGCCCUUCCGUGAAUCUGCCUUACGGGUGGUGCAGAUUUUCAUCAGCCUCCUUGAGUCAGAGCGUAAAAAACAAAUAGAUGUAAGUAACAAAAAGCGCUUCAAAGGGGAGUUUGGUUCUGAUCCAGAUGAGAAACCUCCCAACCUGAAAAGACCUGAAGAUUAUGAAGCUGUGUUUGCAGGCAACAUCGAUGAUCAUUUCAGGAUAGGGGUUGCUGUUCUUCAAAAGAGCAUGCGAUUAUAUGCACCAUUUUACUCUUCUGAUAUCAUCAUUGCCUCUCCCCUUGGCUUGAGGACCAUUAUUGGGGCAGAGGGGGAGAAGAAGAGAGAUUUUGAUUUCCUCUCAUCGAUAGAAAUUCUUAUAAUUGAUCAAGCAGAUGUUUACCUGAUGCAGAAUUGGGAGCAUAUUCUGCACCUAAUGAACCACCUCAACCUCCUUCCUUUGGAGUCCCAUGGUGUAGAUUUUUCACGAGUGCGCAUGCUGAAUCUGAAUAACUGGUCAAAGUAUUAUCGUCAAACGCUACUGUUUAGUGCUCUUCAAGAUCCCCAGAUUAACUCUAUCUUCAAUAAGAACUGCUUCAAUUACAGAGGCCAGGUAGCUGUAAGGAACGUACCCUCGAUUGGCUCCAUUAGCCAUGUUGUGGUACAGCUUCCUCAUGUCUUCCGAAGGCUGGAAGCUGAAAGUUCUAUUUCUGUAAUAGAUGCAAGGUUUCAGUUCUUCAUUGACAAAGUUUUGCCUGAGUAUCGUGAUGCAAUCAUGUCACAUACACUCAUUUACAUUCCAUCGUAUUUCGACUAUGUGCGUCUUCGAAAUUACUUCAAGAAGGAAGAGCUGAAUUUUACACAUAUCUGUGAAUACACCAAAAGAUCUGGUAUCUCCAGAGCAAGACAGUUCUUCCUCAAGGGAGAGAAGCAGUUCUUAAUUUUCACUGAACGCUUCCACUUUUACAAAAGAUACCUAAUAAGGGGCAUCAGAAACCUCAUUUUCUAUGAGUUACCGACCUACCCCCAUUUCUACAGCGAGGUUUGUAAUAUGCUGACGGCCACAGCCAGUGGAGAGGAAGCUACUUGGACUUGUACUGUUCUCUAUUCAAAGUAUGAUGCUCAGAAGUUGGCUGCUGUGGUAGGUGUAGAUCGUGCUGCUCAGAUGCUGCAGUCUAAGAAAAACGUGCACCUUUUUGUUACUGGAGAAAAUGAAUGAACAAAGUCAUGGACCGGGACUCUUGUUGUAUGGACUUGGAUCUUUCUGUCUAACAUGCACAGUGAUGCUGUUUUUUAAAUAAGUGUUUGGGGGAGGAGAAGAUGUAUCAAAAAUAUUUUGUUGGAUCUUGUUUUACAGGGUUAGUUUGUAUAUUUAAAUACUCAAGCCAAAGAGGGAAGUGAAAGGUGCCAUUUAAGCAAAGCAUGUGUGCUGCUGCUUUUGUGUAAGUGCACAAGCUUAAAAAAAACUCGACUUUCUUGGCUAACUUACCCCCUGUGCUCUGUCUGCAUCCUGGAAAAUGUUUAGUAAAUAGUUGUGGGGUGAAAAAUGCCUUGUCAUUAGACGAUGGCACUCCCUUUCCCCCAUUCUCCGUCAUCAGAAGCUCCCUAUGUUCCUUCAUCAAACGCAACUUUCCGCUGUCUCGUUCGGGGGAAAUUCUUCCAGAUGUUGAGUGUGUUCAUGCAAGGCAUUCUGCACUCCUUACACCCCACAUUGCCCCUCAGUUGAGGGCAGGGCAUAGGCAGAGCCAUUAGAAAGGGCGGGGGGGGCCUCUGUAACCCAAGCAAGUCAUUGAGUGAGUAGCUGAAAACACCUUGAAUUGGCCCUUUGAGAACAAUUUGGGGUAGGAGUUAAUGGAUCUUCACUUGGACUGAUUAAAUGGUCAAAAUUUCACCACAUUCCAUCCUUACAAUGCUAAUUUCAGUCCCAGUGUUUAAGUUUUAUUAACGCUAUACUUUCAAAGCUAAAUGCACACCAUUGUGCUUUUCUGCACACUUCCCUUAUGUGUGUAGAUCCCCAGUGUGCACACCUAGUUACAAGAUCACCAAAGCACAGGUAUAGACUGCUGAAAACCAAUCCAAACUCUUCAUAGACAGUUUGCAAAAUUACUUGGAGUAUGUCUACACAGCAAAGAGAAACCCGGAGCUGGCCCAUGCCAGCUGACUCAGGCUGUGGGGCUGUUUCAUUGCUGGGUGAACUUCAGUCUCAGGCUGGACCCUGAGUCUGGGACCCUUCCAGCCUGAGCCUGGAAGUCUACCCAGCAAUGAAACAGCCCUGCAGCCCAAGCCCAUGUGCCCUUGGCAGCUGGCAUGGGCCAGCUGCAGGUUUUUCUUUGCUGUGUAGACGUGCCCUUCAUGAGUUUCUGAAUACCUCAAAGUCAGCGAUCUCAUUCCAUGGUUUGUGGUCCAAAGCCCUCAUCUAUGGAGAGCUGUGCUGCCUCUCCUUGUUUACAGGAAUUGUGUCAUGAAAAGAAGCCAAAAAUAUAUCAAAUACUUUCCUAAUGUUUACUUUUCCAUAUAAGCAAUUGCAGUUGCCAUAGGGACAUUAUCUGAUUGUGGAUGAAGGGACUGGUGGUCUGUGUGAUCCAAGGUGGGAAGGGAAAUGCCUUCAAGCUAUCUAAGGUGUGGUCCAUGCUGUAAUAAAGUUUAAGGAAUUCCUCUCCUUUCCCUGAUCCUUGAUUAAACUGAGUUCCUACAGGCUAAUAUAUAAUGUUUUGCUAUCUGCUCUCAAAAUAGUGGUUAGUGUGUGUAUAUAAACCGGGAAAAUUUAACUCCGGUAAACAAGUACAUAUUGUGGUAACACUGCAUAAUUUCAGCCUGUUCCCAUAUCAUAAUCCCAUAUCAUAUUAUUAUAAUAUUGUCAGGUGUUUAUCUGAGGUGAUCAUCUGUUGCUAUUGUCAGUAUGAGCUGUCAGUUCAGCCCUUUAGAAGCGUAAGUCUAUACAGCUGUUUGCUUUCUAUUUUAGUGAGGCACUAAGGCCCAGUUGCAAUGCUGAGCACUGUGGAGCCUGACUUUUAGGCACCUAGAAGAUGCUGCAAUCCACAAAGCCUGAGCUGGGUGCCUAGGCUCCAUUUACAAUGAAGGGAGGAGAGAGGUGCCUUAAAUUGAUAUGCUAAGGCAGCGCACUGCUUAAGCUAGCCAAUGGGAGAUGCAGACCAGAGGGGUGUGUGAUAAGCCCUGCCCCUCACACAGAGAUAGGCACCUAGCUCUGCUUGAGAUUGAUGAAGCUGGGGGAAGAAAGGCUUUCAGAUGCCUAAGUCACAUGUUGGGCCCAAUUGAUAGAUAUGCUCAGAGGCUGCAUUGGGCCUCUCAGGCAAGUUCACACAAAACAUUCGGGGGCAAAGGUAAUCCCUUAGAACCUUUAGCCUAGUGGUUAGGGUACACUCACCCAGGAUCUGGGAAUCCUGGUUCAAGUCCCCCCUCCUCAUGACAGGGAGAAGGGAUUUAAAUGGAACUGCACAGGUGAGUGCCCCAACCACUGGGCUAUGAGGGAACACCACAGCAGAAUAUCCUAAUCUCUCCUGUUCAAAGUUCCACUUUAAUUCAGUAACUGAAUAAUUGGGCCAGUAAAAGCAUGAGUGACUCUGUAGCCUAGUGAUUAGAGCCUCACCUGAUCAUUGAUAGAUCCCUGUUUCAAUCCCCCCUCCCUCGGGGGGGACAAACUGAGGGUUUUUCCUCAUCCUCCACUAGGCUAAAGGUUAUAAGGGGGCUCCACCUCUUCCCUCUCCCACCCUGACCGUUUUGUUUUGAACUCGCUUGCAGGGCCCAAUCCAGUCGGCAGCCUCUCAGCAUACCGACUGAGUUAGGCCCUGCAUGCGACUGUAGGUGACCAAACACCUAUCUUCCCUGGUUUGUGAAUCGCUCUGGGGCUAAGGCAGGACCCAGGCACCUGGAGUGAGGUAGUGGUGUGCAUGCCCAGAAGCAAAAACUUCGGUGUCAAGUGACUGUAGGUGCCUACAAGGUUAGGUGGCAGCCAAGCAGGAGUUUUGUGGAUCACAGUGAUUCCUAAAAUGGGACUCGGGCACCUGAACACCUUUGGGGCUCAGACUCUAACUGGUUAUUGUUUAUACAUCUCUGCCCUUUAGCUCAGGAGUCGAAUGCCACUAAAGGCCAAGUUCUUUUUCCUUUUGAACAGCUGACACAUGACAAAUCUUUGCCCUGUGGCAUUGCUCCUUUUUUCCUAUGUUUUCUGGACUUGAUGGAGGUGUAUUCUGGUCAGGGUCAUAAAAGCAGACAGAUAAAUGAGGAUUAAGUGUUUUUCCUUUCCACCGGAUAUGCUUAUCACAGAGAAUAGCUGACCUCUGAGAAAGCUAAAGUAGGAUAACUACUUAGGGAGAUAAAGCUAGCUCUGCUAGCUGCAGUUUAAAAAAGAGAGGUUAUUUGGCUAGAAUCUUAACUAUGAAAGGGCCUGCUCUUACUCCCAUUAAAGUCAAUGACAAAGGUCCUAUUGACCUCAGUAGGAGCAGAGUGGGGGCCCUAAUUUUUGUUUAUCCCAAAGUCUUUUAUAUUAAUGCCACAUUUUUUUCUUUAUUCAAAGGAAAACACUCUUUAGAAAGGCUACUCAGGGCUGCCAAUUGUUGCAAAUCAGAACAUAGACGCACGCAAAUGCUGCAUCUUCAGAGAUCGUUUUGCUGACUAUAAAUUCUAAUCUAUUCUUAUUUUUUAAAAUUUAAUGGAUAAAUGGGUUGACUUACACCUGACAGCUGUUAAAAGCUUGAUUUGGGACUAGCCUUGCAAAGCACACGGGUGGGAUUUUUCUAAAGCACUCAGCAUUGACCUAACUCUGCUCCGUCUGAAGUUGAUAGUAAAACUCCUAUUAACUUCAGUAGGAGCAGAAAUAGCCCAAUGCUAGUGAGCACAUCUGUAAAUUCCACCCUUAGUCUAACGCUAAUGCAGAAUAGAGCAGCAUUGGUACUUAAAGGCUUACAUCUGCUAGAAUGGAUGGCACCCCAUCCAGUGCAGUCUACAUCAUGUCUGUUUGUUUCAGUACCAAUGUAUGGUAUUUGAAUGGAGGGGCACAUUCUGUACUCAGCUACUCCAGUGAAAUCUCACUGAUUUUCAACAUCGCAUUGGUGGCUUGUGAACAGAGAUGUCAGUGAUUUUCAGUGGGUUUACAGUUACGUGAGUGUUCAGUAGUAGCCCCAAAUGCAGUGAGUUACCGUUGUAUGAGUGAAGCUGAGAAGAUAAUUUGGCCCAACAUGGAUGCAAAUACAUUAAUGUAGUGCCCAUCUUUAAAAAAGGGAAGGAGGAGGAUCCAGGGAACUACAGGCCAGUCAGCCUCACCUCAGUCCCUGGAAAAAUCAUGGAGCAGGUCCUCAAGGAAUCAAUUCUGAAGCACUUAGAGGAGAGGAAAGUGAUCAGGAACAGUCAGCAUGGAUUCACCAAGGGCAAGUCAUGCCUGACUAAUCUAAUUGCCUUCUAUGACGAGAUAACUGGCUCUGUGGAUGAGGGGAAAGCAGUGGACGUGUUGUUCCUUGACUUUAGUAAAGCUUUUGACACGGUCUCCCACAGUAUUCUUGCCAGCAAGUUAAAGAAGUAUGGGCUGGAUGAAUGGACUAUAAGGUGGAUAGAAAGUUAGCUAGAUUGUCGGGCUCCACGGGUAGUGAUCAAUGGCUCCAUGUACAGUUGGCAGCCAGUAUCAAGUGGAGUUCCCUAAGGGUCAAUCCUCAGGCCGGUUUUGUUCAAUAUCUUCAUUAAUGAUCUGGAGGAUGGCGUGGAUUGCACCCUCAGCAAGUUUGCAGAUGACACUAAACUGGGAGGAGAGGUAGAUACGCUGGAGGGUAGGGAUAGGAUACAGAGGGACCUAGACAAAUCAGAGGAUUGGGCCAAAAGAAAUCUGAUGAGGUUCAACAAGGACAAGUGCAGAGUCCUGCACUUAGGACGGAAGAAUCCCAUGCACCGCUACAGACUAGGGACCGAAUGGCUAGGCAGCAGUUCUGCAGAAAAGGACCUAGGGAUUACAGUGGACGAGAAGCUGGAUAUGAGUCAACAGUGUGCCCUUGUUAACAAGAAGGCCAAUGACAUUUUGGGAUAUAUAUGUAGGGGCAUUGCCAGCAGAUCGAGGGACGUGAUCAUUCCCCUCUAUUCGACAUUGGUGAGGCCUCAUCUGGAGUACUGUGUCCAGUUUUGGGCCCCACACUACAAGAAGGAUGUAGAAAAAUUGGAAAGAGUCCAGCGGAGGGCAAUAAAAAUGAUUAGGGGACUGGAACACAUGAGUUAUGAGGAGAGGCUGAGGGAACGGGGAUUGUUUAGUCUGCGGAAGAGAAGAAUGAGGGGGGAUUUGAUAGCGGCUUUCACCUACUUGAAAGGGGGUUCCAAAGAGGAUGGAUCUAGACUAUUCUCAGUGGUAGCUGAUGACAGAACAAGGAGUAAUGGUCUCAAGUUGCAGUGGGGGAGGUUUAAGUUGGAUAUUAGGAAAAACUUUUUCACUAGGAGGGUGGUGAAACACUGGAAUGCAUUACCUAGGGAGGUGGUGGAAUCUCCUUCCUUAGAUAUUUUUAAGGUCAGGCUUGACAAAGCCCUGGCUGGGAUGAUUUAGUUGGGGAUUGGUCCUGCUUUGAGCAGGGGGUUGGACUAGAUGACCUCCUGAGGUUCCUUCCAACCCUGAUAUUCUAUGAUUCUAAUGCCAACACUCAAUAUGGGAAUUGUUCAGACUACAAUAAGCAAUUUAAAAAUCUAUAAUGUCAUGCAACCUGCUCCACAAGACGGGGAGAGGUGACUUCUGAAACCCAAAGGAAAUAAGAAUCCACGGGCCAAUUUCUGAUCUCAGCUACUUACUGUAACUCUGCUGUGACACGGUUAAGAAUCUGGCUGUAUGUGCGCAUCUAGGUUUUCUGUCUUUUGUGUAUAUACACAUUGGUUAAUGAAUUGAAAUACACUAGAGUGCUGACAUCAAAUAGAAUAUGAACGUAUGACACUGAGCGUGAUAUUUUAGUUUUCAGAAUGGUUUAAAGAUUUGAUUACACAUCAUCUUAGCAUGGAAAAGCAUUCUCCAGUCAAGCCAUCUGACAAACAUGCAACUGUUUUGACCUCUCUUGUCUUGAGAAGACAAAGAUCUGUGGUCAUUGGUUCCAGAGACAGUCACUCAGAAUCAUGGCUGUGGUACUGUUUUUUUUAAAAUCCUCUUGGCUCCAGGAGCUGCUCUGAGUAGUGAAAAUGAAUUCUUCAGGGUUUUUUUUUUUUAUUCUUAAUGAAAGAAUCCUGACACAACACGAGAGAGUUAAUUGUCUGGCACCAGGCAGUGGGAUUCCCUGACGCCAGCUGUUAAUGCGGUAGUGCUGAUGGUUUGCAUUAGUUGGCUAGCUUUGGGGAAUUCUAACUCAAGGGUAGAAAUAAACACUGAUAAGAUGUUAAUUCCUUUUCAGGAUCUCCUGUCACCCUCUAAGUCCUAAAAAUUGUAAUAACCUGUAGAAAUUAUGUUUAAAGAUAUAUCUUUAUAUAGGAAUAUUGUUCUUCCAAUCAAUGAGCAGUAUAGUACUGGAUCCUAUUUCACUAGUAAAACUUAAUCAGGACAAUAGGUUCAUUAUGCUUUACUGUUGCUCCUGUUUAAGGAUAUACAAAAAAAGCAACAAUGCAUUUUUGAAAAAGUUAUGUGUAGGAUGAGAGGCCGGGCUUAUGAUGGAGUCUGAAUAGAUGUGGGUUCUGAUAUAGGCACAGUCCUUGCACAGAGAUGGGGAAACUGACUCCUGAGGACAGACUACUAAAAUUUUGUAAUGCUGAUUGGAAGAUUUAGAGCAAUCCAUGUGAGAUAAAACUAAAGCCUCCUUGUUAAUAACCAUGCAAUUAACAAUUAUUUUACACUUAGUGAAACCCAUUGUCAGGAUUUCUAAGCCUUAUGUUCGUUAUGCUGUUGUGGUCUCAAACCUAGGGUUGUUUUGUUUGGACCUGGUAGCCAAGCAUGUCUGCUGGAAUGCUUUAAUUUGCAGCAGGAUUAUUCAGAAAGCUUCAAUGCCUCCAUUUUGAAAAGCAUAUCUUAAAGUGAAAGGAUGAGGACUGAGACAGUUAAAAAGGUAUAUAAGCAUUUGCAAGGCAGCCUUAGAGACAGAGCAUACAGUGCAGUCUGCUGCAGUGAAAGCUUAUCCCCGUGAUGGGUGUGAUCCUCACCUCCACUCCAGCCCCCUUUAUAUGGGGUUAAAGAACUGGAGUGGUGCAAAGGGACACUAAGCUCCAUAUCUGUCUAGACAAGACUUCCUCCAGCACAGGUAUUGUGGAGACAGCCGUAGGGCUUUAUUUAGAGGACCUACUCACAGGCCAUGGUGGAGUGGGAGUAGUGGGGCUGCAAUGGAAGGGUGUGUUGGGGUGGGAAUCUCGGCUUACAGCACUGUGGAGAUUGGGCCUCCCCAUAGAUCUUAGUGCUGCCUGGAAAGAGGCUACUGUAAUUCAGGCAGGCUCCCAUGGCUGUCUGCAGAGCUUCUUCAGCCCCUAAUCCCUGGAACAGCCCAGGACUGAGAGGGCACAAGGGUGGCUUAAAGCCAGCCCAAGCCUUUUAGGGUAUGUGUACGCUGUAAUGUAAGCCCAGAGUUAGUGGAACUCUAGUCAGUAAACCUUGGGUUUGAGAGUCCAGGGCUUGAGCAUCUGCACUGUUUGCUGACCCUAGGAUGAGGAUUUUUGAACCCAGGCUUCAGCAGCCACACUGCCCUACACAGGUUUGAGUACAACCAACUGUAUCCCCAUACUUCCUAGCACCCUCCCAAAAUGGGGCUGCUCUAGCCCUUUGUUUGUGGCGUAGUGUGGGAAAACUUGACUGUCUGUCCGCCCCCUCCUUCCCCACCCCCCAUCAUGGCAAGUUUGAUCAGUCCAUCAAAGCAUGCCGCCAAGCUGUCAUUUUGUUCUGCAUCCUUCCAGCAACCAAAGCCAACAACAUGGAGCAGCUGCCUUUUGAAGAACUUCUCUUGGUUGUGCUUUCAAUCCUGUUUCAAGAAAUGGGCCAAGUUUCCACAUUCCGGCAGUGGUUUCUGACUCACCAAAGGCUCCUGAGAGAGCUAAUGACGGAGGAGGACACAGACGUGGCAGACUUGAACUGGCUGCUGCUGCUCAUGACACUUGGUAUAGAUGCUGAUGCCCCAUGCAUAGACCGAUGCUUCCAGAGCAGGGCCAUAGGCACAGGCUGGUGCAACCACGUCCUCUUACAGACCUGGGAUGACCAGCAGUGGGUCCAGAACUUUCACAUGAGGAAAGCUACAUUUCUGAAGCUUGGUGAGCAGCUUGCCCCAGGCCUCCAGUGUAGAAAUACACACAUGAGGGUGGCCAUGCUGGUCCAGAAGUGGGUUGCUAUAGCUGUUUGGAAGCUGGCUGCGCCACACUUCUCCGGGUUUGUUGCCAACCAGUUUACCCACAGUUGACUUUUCAACGCCAGAGUGGUGGUGGAGGUUACUGAGGCAGUCAGGCGUGUGGUUUAUCCCAGGUGUGGGGCAUAAAAGAUAUUCCUGAAGGAAUUGCUGGCUCUGAGAGAAUGGGGUUUCCAAAAGGUGUUGGAGCCAUUGAUGGAGCUUAUGCACGCAUAGAUUUUUUUUUUUUUUUUUUUUUCCUCCUCAAGGAGCACGAGUACAUAAACCGGAAAGGGUACUGCGGGCCCUUGUGGGCCACGGAGGCUGAUUUAUGAACAUCAACGUGGGCUGCACUGGAAAGUUUCAUGAUGCCAGGGUUUUCUGCCAAUUGGGUCACUAUUCCCACCAAAUAACAAUGUCAUAAAUGGAGUUACUGCCUUCACUGUUAUUUUGGGGGGCCCUGCUUCCCCCCUUUUGCCUGGGCUUAUAAAACCAUGCCCUGAUCUCAGAGGACCUGGCAAAAGAAGGUUUAACUGCAUUCUCAGCAGGUGUAGAAUGGUGGUUGAAUGUGUGUUUGACGGAUUGAAAUCGACUGGUGUUAUCAGUGCUGUGGCUUGUUGUGCUGUUCCCGAUCUUUGUGACGCCAAAGGGAAGCCAUUUUUCCCCCCUCCAUGGACCCAUGACAGCAAUGGAUUGCUGAACCAGUACUCUCAGCCAGAAAGUGCACCUGUCGCAGCUGCACCUGUAUGCACCCAGGCAACAGAAAUUAGGAUGCUCCCACAUCAUGGAUUUACAUGGAAGUGGGAGACUAGUACCUCUAUGAACGUGCUUAUGCAAUGCUUACAGUACAUUAGGUUGGGAGGUGGGGGUUUGAUUGCCAUGCAUUGUACUUAUGGGUGACAUCACCACUUAUGACAUAAGGCAGGGGGCAGAACUGGAUGUAGAUUCUGUAUUGACAAGUGGUGUUUGCAUACAGCUUCAAAGUUGUCCCUUGUCAUGUGUUUCUUUGUUGUUUGGAAUACACAUUGUGUUGCAGUGAUAAUAGAAUUUCUUCAUAAAAUAAACUUCAUUUUUGAACAUUUA